UCUAAAUUUGUGAAAUACUAGUAACUGAUAGCUAAUCAGCAAAUCAUGGUGGACUACAGUGAAUUUCCUUCAUUUACAGAUCAUACAUUCAACGAUUCUGGCCUCAUGAUGUAUUUUAAAUUUGACCAAAACCAUGACUGGACUAUAAGAUCCCUUGAGUCACUGGAUCUCUUCCUUAAAAGCUUGAUUGUCACAUGCGUCAUGCCCUCGAUCUACAUCUUCAUCAUCCUCGUUAGUCUGCCCCUGAACGGUUUGGCCAUGGUGACGUUCACCUGUAGGAUUCGAGAGAAGAAACCAGCUGUGAUCUACAUGUCUCAUCUGGCGUGUGUGGACCUGCUCUUCAUCCUGCUGCUGCCUCUGAAGAUCCACUACGAGAUGAAUGCUUCAAACUGGGUGUUCGGUGAGGCAGCCUGUCGUUUACUCAGUGCAUCUUACUACGGCAACAUGUACUGCUCCGUACUGCUGAUGAUGUGCAUGAGUGUGGACAGGCUGCUGGUCGUGGUAUUUCCCAUCGCGUCUCUGAACUGGAGGAGUGCAAGGAAAGCCACAUGUGUUUGUGUGGUGGUCUGGCUGCUGACGCUCGCUGGCAUAGUACCACUUCUCAUAAUGAAUCAGACAACUACGUAUCAGAAUCGCAUCACCUGCUCUGACAUUUGGGCAGACCCUUCAAUAAAGUCAUACCUCUUUGUGUUCUUCGUCCUUCUUUGCAUCAGCUUCGUCCUGCCGCUGGUUGUCAUCUUAGUGAGCUACUCUAUUAUCAUCUAUGUGCUCUGUACUAAACAUGAUCACUCAUCAUCUUCCUCAGACACCCGAAGGAGGGCUGCAAUAAUGGCUUCUGCUGUGCUGACUGAGUUUGUUGUGUGCUUUGUACCAUCUAAUGUCCUCCUGAUGAACAACAUUGUUAGCAUAAUCAAGGGUGGCAAUGGGUGGGAUACCUAUCCACCUUACAUGUUGGCUGCGUGUUUGGGAAGUGUAAGUGUUUUUCUGGACCCUCUUCUGUACUACUACGGAUCAUCUCAUUACAGAAAGCAGAUCUGCUCUGUGUUUCGUUGGGUCAGAAAGGCAGAAAGAGAUAUCAUACCAUUAAACACAAUCACACAAAAUCUAAAACGCAUCUAA